AUGUUUCGAAAAGUGCGAAGCCGUACAAAUUUACGCCAGCGUGUUGUUUCGGACGACGAAAACGAUGAUGACGGCGAAUUGGGCAACAGCAGCAGCAGUGGUGCUCCGGUGAAGACAGCAACAACAGCAACAACCACAGGAACCCCCAAAAAACCGACAACAACGGAAAAGGGGAAUAAAGCUUCGGUGAGCGGACAACCUGCUGCUGCUACGGAGAUGCCGGCUACUGUGGUUGGAGCAAAGGAGCACAAAUUGCUGAGUUUUGACGAUCUAGAAGGUGAUGAUAUCACAGAUUUCAAAAUUAAACGUAAAGACUGGCAUAAACGUGCCGAGAAAUUGGCCCGGAAAUCCAGGCAACGACACAGGGACGAAGAGGCAACCAGCGAGGAAACCAAACCCGGUGCUGCUCCCGGCGCAGUGGAAGUGAAGCAGGAAAUCACAGUCAGCGAAACGGUAUCAUCCACGAAAUCGGUGGUAAACUUUUAG